GCUGGGAGCUGGGCUGUGCGUUCCCAUGCUGUGCUCACUGCUGGCUGCGGGGAAGGCACGGAGCGAGCCGCGCUGCGCACAGAGCAGCUGCCCGGAGCCGGCCCACAGUCUGGGGCUGCUCCAUAGCAGCAGCGCAUCAAGGCUGCCUUCCUUCCCAUUGCUCGACCCCCUGAGGCUGCUGAACUCCGUGUGCACAGGGGGGGAUGCCAGCCCGUAGCAUGGACUGUGAUGUCUCCACUCUGGUUGCCUGUGGGGUUGAUGCGGAGAUCUUUGCCAACCAAGAGGUUAAGGACAAAUUUGAAGGCCUGUUCCGUGCCUACGACGACUGUGUGACAUUCCAGCUGUUUAAGAGCUUCAGACGCGUGCGGAUAAAUUUCAGUAGUCCCAAAUCAGCUGCUCGUGCCAGAAUAGAGCUGCACGAAACACAGUUCAGAGGAAAGAAGUUAAAGUUGUAUUUUGCGCAGAUUCAGACCUCUGAGACAGAUGGAGACAAGCUUCAUUUGGCUCCACCACAGCCUGCAAAACAGUUUCUCAUCUCGCCUCCAGCCUCCCCACCUGUAGGGUGGCAGCCCAUAGAUGACGCAACACCUGUCAUCAACUACGACCUCCUCUAUGCAGUUUCUAAGCUAGGACCAGGAGAGAAAUACGAGCUACAUGCAGGAACAGAGUCCACCCCCAGCGUGGUGGUGCACGUCUGUGACAGUGACAUGGAAGAAGACGAGGAUCCAAAGAAUUCUCCAAAGCCAAAAAUCAUUCAAACUCGGCGCCCUGGGCUCCCACCCCCUGUAUCUAACUGAGCCUCCCGGCGGCAGCAGCCCUUCUCUCCUGCAGCGCAGCUCUUGGGGUUUUUGGUUUGCUUUCUUUUUCUUUUCUUUUUCUUCUUCUUUUGAUUUUCAAAGGCAGACGUUGCCUUGUGAGUAUGAGGACAAGAAGCUCAUUGAAAUCGCUGUGCAGUAAUCAAGCCUAUGUAACAAAAGGGCUAGGAAAGAAAAAAGGUCUUUGUAAUAUGUGACCAUAUCACACAGCAACUAAUAGAUCUGCGGGAAGGACAGAGCAAGGCUGAAGCAGGGAGGGUUUGAGGCCCAGGUUCUGCACAGCUGUAGUUUGCAUGAUGAAACAGCACCGGAGGGAUCCUUCGUGGUGGUGACUGGGCUGAUGGCAGCAAUGGGAUGCAGAGCCCAGAACACUGGCCAUGCCCUUCAUGCUUUCCCUGUGCUGUGCUGAGCCACCCUCAGUCUCACUGCUGACAUCCCCAAGCCCCGGUUCUUUGGGCUCCCCUUUCUUUCCCUGUGCUUUCAGGCCGUCCUGGAGCCGCCUGCAGCCAGGGUCAGUGAGGUGAGGAGGCGUCUGUUGCUGUUCGUUGCUGUUCUUCCGUUGGGUUUUUUUCCGACUUCAUUUUGUUUAGGCCAAAGAGAACAGGACCACGACACACACCUGACCUGACACUGCAUGCAGCCCAGUCCCCUUUUGUCACUGUCCCGCAUGUCUCCCCCUGCAGCGUAUCCUGCGUUACAGAAGCGGUUCUGUGUGUCCCCGUGGCUCACAGUGCUGUGCUCCCUGUCUGCUGCACCCUCCACGAUGGCUGUUUGACACCUCUCUGCCAUGCUGAGGAGAUACUUUCCAGACAUUUGAGCUCAGAUUUCACAUAUACUUCAGCAUGCGCUUAGUUUGUGCACGGCAGUAGUUGCACUGGGCAGAGUGCUGCAGGAAACCAAGCAUCACUGCAAGGUGCAGCCACUGCAAGGUGCAGCUGAUGAGCUGCAGCUGCACCCCGGGAACAACUCAAACGGCGCAAUGGGAUCCCGUGCUUUAACAUCCUCCACGGGUUAAAACAAGCGUGUAGAUGUUGGGAGCUCAUUCCAGGAUCGGAGGAGGCAUUUCAGGCUGUGCAGUGGAGCUGCCCUGUGUUAGCACAGAGCCCGCAGCAAGGCCGGCUCAGCCCCGGCUCAGCCCCUGCUAUGGGCUCUGCAGCACUUCCAGCCCGAGGAGCGCCGUGCUGCCAGCAUCGUGUGGAUGGGGACGGAGCCUUCAGAGCCACGAACUGACCAUCCUCUCCCUGUUCAUCCCUGACCGCCACAGCUCCUCCAUGUUCCCCUUUAGUGCUUAUCACAGUCCGGAUCCUACGCGGUGACUGUCGGUGACUGUCAGUGCUCCGUGGCCAUCGCUGUGUGUGACACUCAUAGAAGCACAUUGAACACAGCAGAGCCUGAACGACACCAGGACAUUAACAGCCCCAUGGCAGAGCAAAGCUGGCCCAGAGGAGCUGCUCGGAGGCGCUGCUGGGGUUAUUCAGUUAGAGCUGGAGAUCAAUAAUUGUCACUGGCUGCUCAGUGCAGGAGGGCACGAUGAGCUCCCACCCUCCUCCAAACUCCUUACAUGGUGUCAGAUGGGACAGGACGCCCUUUGCUCACUGUAGCUCAGCUGUGCUCACUGUGUUCCCUCCCUGCUCCCUGGGCUCUGCUGUGAGCAGCCUCAGCUCUGUGCAGCACCAGUAGCAGCAGCUUCAACAUGGGGCUGUUGCAUCUCCUGGAGCCAGAACAGCAUCGAACCCGGCUCUGAAGAGAACAGUUCCGUCCCUGCUGGAACCGAGGCAUGUCGGCAUCGUCAGCGGGUCAGUGUAAGAGCAGCGCCGGGCACCGACAGCUCCGGGUGCUCACCCAGGAGGGGCUGGAACAGUCCUGCUCAUUAACGCCUCGAAGGAGCAAUGCAGUUCCAGGCUGUUCUAAGCGUGCUCGGCAUCUGCCCCGCUUCCACCUGCUCAUCGGGGAUCAGUCUUUCGGGCAGCGUUAUGAACAAGAAGGGAACCUGUAGGAGCUGCUGCUGCUCUGUGCGCGAUGUGCGCUGCCAUCUGCUGGGGCCAGGCGAUAAGAGCUGCGGGGCGGGCAGAGCGCAGCGCCGGGGCGCGGUGUCUUUGCCAUCACACUGUACAUACUAUGGAGAUGAUAUCCUAUGGAGUCCUGUUUUAUAGGAGCGUGGACAUGCGAUGGGCCGACGAACCACUUUUACACUUGUAUAAAUCAGAGCUUAGUUUAAAAAAGAAAUAAAUACGGCAGCGAUGUGUC